CUUCUCCUGUAAUUGUGUGAGCGCGCGGCGGGUGGGCGUGUCCCAGCGGCUCUGGCGGCCUCGACGCUGGUGCGUAUACAGAGCGCAAGGCGAGCGCACGUCACUGCUGUUCCCUACUACACCGCCUGUGAGUAAAAGCGAACCCAAACGCCGGCUUCACUGUGGAGAAGGUUUCGGCGCACAUUUGGGACACCGCCGCUAUGGACGCCUCGCGAACACUAGCGCUAUGCGUGCUCUUGGUUUUCCUGUGGAGUUUACCGUGCACCCGGUCGGCCGCGAUCGUGCCUUCCUCGGGGCCGAAAAGGAACAGGGGGACCAGGAGCCCACAUGAUGGCCAAAGGUCACCCAAAUUUCUUAAAGAGGUUUUCGCGUCCUCCCCCGGUCUAAGUGGACGGGAUGAUUUUAAGAACUCGGUUGUGCCACAUGAUUACAUGCUCUCCAUAUACAGGACUUACUCUGCCGCUGAGAAGCUGGGGCUAAACGCGAGCUUUUUCCGCUCUUCCAAGUCUGCGAAUACCAUAACAAGUUUUGUAGACAGGGGAAAAGAUGAACUCUCGCAUUCCCCUUUGAGAAGACAGAAAUAUGUGUUUGAUGUCUCCUCUCUCUCGGACAAAGAGGAGCUGGUGGGAGCGGAACUGAGGAUCCUCCGUAAACCCCCAGAGGACGCGCUGUCCUCUCCGUCGGGCCUCUACAACAUCGAGCUGGUGUCCUGCGGCUCGGCCCCGGCCUCGGCCAGCUCUCUGGACUCCAGCAGCUCCGUGGGUCUGCGCGACGCCCGAAACCCGGCCUGGGAGGUUCUGGACGUGUGGGAUAUGUUUAAAAGCAGACUCUCCACGGCUCACGGGAGUCAGCUGUGUAUGGAGCUGAAGGCCACCGUGGGUCAGUCCGAUGCUGAAAUGGACUUGAGGUCACUGGGCUUUGAGAGGCGCGGUCGCGCGCAGCGAGAGAAGGCCAUCCUGGUGGUGUAUGCCCGCUCCCGAAAGAGGGAGAACCUUUUCAACGAGAUGCGGGAAAAAAUCAAGUCGGCUCGAGGAUCUCGCGGCUCCGAGCAGGACACGGGGCUGCACUUUAAAGCGCGUCGGAGACGGAGAACUGCGCUCAGCAACCGGCACGGCAAGAGACACGGCAAAAAGUCGAAGUCGAGGUGUAGCCGCAAGGCGCUACACGUGAACUUCAAGGAGCUCGGCUGGGACGACUGGAUAAUCGCGCCCCUGGACUAUGAAGCGUACCACUGUGAGGGCAUGUGCGAUUUCCCUCUCAGGUCGCACCUUGAGCCCACAAACCACGCCAUCAUCCAAACUCUCAUGAACUCCAUGGACCCGAACAGCACGCCGCCCAGCUGCUGCGUGCCCACCAAGCUAAGCCCCAUCAGUAUACUGUACAUAGACUCCGGCAAUAACGUCGUUUACAAACAGUACGAGGACAUGGUUGUGGAGCAGUGCGGCUGCAGGUAGCAAUGCACGACGGGAAUUUACGCUUAACACACUUGAAGUAGAGGCCACCCGAACUCGAAUCCGUGUCCAGAAUAAAGUUAAAGCUCGUGCAAGACGAAAAGACGUGUUAGGGCCACAUAGGGAUUCAUGGUCAUUUCUUGCCAUAGCCUGUAGUCUGAUCAUGCUUAUGUUCUUAUCCAUGAACUCUAAACUAGCAUCACUAUGGCACCGACCACUUUUCUAGAUUUUUUUUUUAUAAUGGGUCAGAACCCCCAUUUUAAUUAGAUCAACAUAUUAUAGCUUGCACAGUGCCUAAGCAGUUUGCCAUUAGCCACAUAUCGAAACGCGUAAAAAAAGAGCUUAAAGUAGGAUUUUCUUGUCUCUCAGGCAAGUAGCCUAAGGUAACAAAAGCCAGGUUUUGUGCAUAACCGUCUGGACAGGAUUCACUGGGGAUUUUGUUACACCAUUAUCUAUGCGGACUGAAAGGAAUGGGGUGUUGGGCACCUGUUCAAACGCAGCCAGUAAAGUGAUGUGUCUGAGCUCACUGUGUUUCACUACGGUCCGGUGCGCGGUCACGUGGUGCCUUUGCCUGCGUCCUGCUUUAGAGCACGGUCUGCGCAUGCGUUAUUAUUACACAGAUUUAAAAAAAAAAAUUUUUAUUAUUAUUAG